CCUUCGCUGCGCCGCGACCCCGGGAUCCCCCGGCCCCUCCGCCCGUCAUUCCGUCCAUCAGCUUCUCCGCCCGCCAUGGCCGACAAGGAAGCAGCCUUUGAUGAUGCUGUAGAAGAACGAGUGAUCAACGAGGAGUAUAAAAUAUGGAAAAAAAAUACUCCUUUUCUCUAUGACUUAGUGAUGACCCAUGCCCUAGAAUGGCCCAGCCUGACUGCACAGUGGCUUCCAGAUGUAACAAGACCUGAAGGGAAAGAUUUCAGCAUUCAUCGACUUGUCCUGGGUACACACACAUCUGAUGAACAGAAUCAUCUUGUGAUAGCCAGUGUACAGCUCCCCAAUGAUGAUGCUCAGUUUGAUGCCUCUCACUAUGACAGUGAGAAAGGAGAAUUUGGAGGCUUUGGCUCAGUUAGCGGGAAAAUUGAAAUUGAAAUCAAGAUUAACCAUGAAGGAGAAGUGAAUAGGGCCCGUUAUAUGCCCCAGAAUCCUUGCAUCAUUGCAACAAAGACUCCAUCCAGUGAUGUCCUUGUUUUUGACUACACCAAGCACCCUUCAAAACCAGACCCUUCUGGAGAGUGUAACCCAGAUUUGCGCCUCCGUGGACAUCAAAAGGAGGGCUAUGGGUUGUCGUGGAACCCAAAUCUCAGUGGACACUUGCUUAGUGCAUCAGAUGACCAUACCAUCUGCUUGUGGGACAUCAGUGCUGUUCCAAAGGAAGGUAAAGUAGUGGAUGCAAAGACCAUAUUCACAGGACACACAGCAGUAGUUGAAGAUGUUUCUUGGCACCUCCUCCAUGAAUCUCUCUUUGGAUCAGUUGCUGAUGAUCAGAAGCUUAUGAUCUGGGACACGCGGUCAAAUAAUACUUCUAAACCAAGCCACUCAGUGGAUGCCCACACUGCCGAAGUAAAUUGUCUUUCUUUUAAUCCUUAUAGUGAGUUCAUUCUUGCCACAGGAUCAGCUGAUAAGACAGUUGCAUUGUGGGAUCUUAGAAAUCUGAAAUUGAAGUUGCAUUCCUUUGAGUCACAUAAGGAUGAAAUAUUCCAGGUUCAGUGGUCUCCUCACAAUGAAACUAUUUUGGCUUCCAGUGGCACUGACCGAAGGCUGAACGUCUGGGACUUGAGUAAAAUCGGGGAGGAACAGUCCCCAGAAGAUGCAGAAGAUGGCCCACCAGAAUUGUUGUUUAUUCAUGGUGGCCACACUGCCAAAAUAUCUGAUUUCUCCUGGAACCCAAAUGAACCUUGGGUUAUUUGUUCUGUAUCAGAAGACAAUAUCAUGCAAGUCUGGCAGAUGGCUGAGAACAUAUACAAUGAUGAAGACCCUGAAGGAAGUGUGGAUCCAGAGGGACAGGGGUCCUAGACUUCUCUGCACUGGUGCUGAUUUUUAGACUCCCCUUACUUCCCAACCUGAGAUUGACUUAACACUGGUUUUGAGACAGACAUUUUUUUGUCCAGACAUCCUUCUAUAGGCACCUGUUAACCCAGACAGUGAGUGAUCUCACUCUUAACUGAGGCAGGGGGGAGGGAGGGAGGGCUUGACUCAGCAAAGCCACACACCCAUAUUUAAUUUUUUUUUCCUGAGAACUUUUUAUGAGCAAAUCCAGCUCAAAAAUCUGAUUUUAGCCACAGAAAAUGGACCAUGAGCAUUUUCUUUUUCUUCCAAAGCUAUAACUGCAAGUUUUUCAGGCUAAUUUAACUAAAAUUAGGAUGGGAUAGGAUUUCUAUCCAAAUGAGGAGUCUGAGCCACUGAGGUAUUAGCAUUGUAAGAUGUCUGAACUGUUUCCCUUGUUUAUAGAGAAAUUCAGAGACUAAAAUUGGCAUGGCUAACCUUCUAGGCUACCCUUGAUGGUUUCUUCUAUGACCGGUCAAAAUUUCUUAGUGAAAAAUUUUUUUGUUAUAUUUAAUUUGUUUUUUUUCCCUAGUGACUGUUUAGUGUCUCCUUCCAUUUCUCAUCUGAUGGGGGUGACAAACAGCCAUGUGAAAUGUUUUGUAGCUGUACCUGCAAAAUAUCUUUGUUCACCUUCUCAUAUAGUUUUGCUCUCUAGUAUAUUUCUUGAGCUAUGUUUUUGUAUUAUUUCUUUGCUUUCUGUGAAUUUUUGUUUUAAACUUGGGACCACCAGGUUAUAAAGAAGGUAUAUGUUCUUACCUGACAGCUGUACCCCCUGGUAGACUGCACAGUAAUCUGAAAACAGAGCAAUUGGUAGCUGACAUGCUUUAAAAUUAAUUCUGAAUGGCAUUUUUUCUUUCCUUUCUUUAAAAAAAAUUUUUUAAACAAACCCCACACAAACGGAAUUAGUCCAUGACCACUCGUUUUCUACGACGUCUUUUGGGGUAACUUGUCCAACCAGCAGCCUGUUACUGUCCAUGACUAACUGUAAGUGCUUAUGAUGGAAUAAAUUGUUUUUCUACAUAA